AUGCCUGUUUACACGGUUCAGGCAAGAAGUCCCUCUGAGGCACAGCGUAGUGCAACUCUGCAGAAGGCUUUACAGAGAACCUUUACCAUCAGCAAAGGGUCUGGGCAGCAGCCGAAAUCGCACACGUCAGAAGAAGAAAAAGAUAGUCUGCUUUCAUGUUCUCAGAAUAAGACCGAAGACGUAAAUAGGACGUACGUGAUUUCAUCUUGUAAAAAAGUGAGUGACACAUCAACUAUGUUUAAGCCUGAGGGCAGAUUAACACUCCAGAGGAGAACUGGAGCAAGCAAAACCUCAGUGUCCAGUAGUGAACAACUGCUUAUAAACACAACACAGGACACUGAAAAUACACAAAUGGAGAAAAGACUUACUCUGCAGAGGUGUGGGAGGACUGGCUUCACAGAGAAGAGUAAAAUUAGUCAGAAUUCUGUGCCUGGAAUGGCAAAUAAUGACUUUGGACAAAAAAAUUACAAGAUCACACUUCCAGCAAGUACUAAUAAUAACGAUACACCUGAUGCUAAACCAAGCUUUAGGUUAGCUGAGGGUCAGGCAAGUACGAAGUUACGGAGUGACUUGAACAGCAAGGGAACCCCUGGCUUUGUUGGUGAUCUGCGUCCAAAUAACAACUGUGCGUGCUUAAAAUACAGGACAAGUGUUGCUGACACCAAACAUCAAAAUGAAGUUCCUAAAUUGGAGCAAUUAGUUACUUCAAAAUAUAUUAAUAGGAUUUCAGCAGAACAAUUCAAUGAAAAAGGUGAUAUAAAUAAGCUAGCUGGAAAGCCAAGGUUACACCACUCGGUUAUAAAACGUAAGGGUUUGGAACAACCAAGGAUACCAACAAAAGAUUCAGCCGAAGGAUUUAAGCUUACACCAAAGAACAACACUUCUCAGGAUCAACCGUCUCUCUCUGCUUCCAAUAAACUAACACCUCAUUUUCAGAUUUUAGCCAAAAAGAAAACCAGUGUCUCCAGCUCUCCUUCUGUAAGCAGGAGUUCAAAACCAAAAGAGAACACUGAAACUGUAGCUAAGAGUAAUAAUGAAGAGAAGGAUGUCUACAACAUAGAAAACAGCAAAGUGGUUGUAGCUGUGCGUGUACGGCCUUUCAGUAACAGAGAGAAAAAUGAAAACUCACUCCCUGUGAUCUCCAUGAGUGGUGCAGAGACAACUGUACGAAAUCCAACCACAAACCAAGUUUACAGCUUCAGUUACGACUUCUCUUUCUGGUCUUUUGAUGAGUGUCAUCCUAAUUUUGCAAGCCAAGCAAGGAUUUAUCAAACUUUGGCUGUGCCGCUCCUAGAAAGAGCUUUUGAGGGAUAUAACACUUGUCUUUUUGCUUACGGACAGACUGGUUCUGGAAAAUCAUACACGAUGAUGGGAUUUGGUGAAGAGCAAGGAAUAAUUCCAAGACUUUGUGAAGAUCUUUUCACUCGCAUAGCACAAAUGGACAAGCAGCAGAUUUUGUAUCAUCUUGAAAUGAGCUUUUAUGAAGUAUACAAUGAGAAAAUUCAUGAUUUGCUUGUCUUUAAAGCUGAAAGGAGACAGAAGAAACAACCACUUCGUGUAAGGGAACAUCCAGUAUUAGGACCAUACGUGGAAGGCUUGACAGUGAAUGUUGUCAGUUCUUACAGUGAUAUCCAGAGUUGGCUUGAACUAGGGAAUAAGCAAAGAGCGACAGCUGCUACAGUAAUGAAUGACAAGAGCUCUAGGUCUCAUUCUGUCUUAACGCUUAUCAUGACACAAACCAAGGUGGAAUUUGUGGAUGACAAACAGUGUGAUCGUAGGCUUACCAGUCACAUAAAUCUCAUUGAUCUAGCAGGCAGUGAAUGCUGCUCAACAGCUCAGACCACUGGAGAAAGGCUGAAGGAGGGUGUGAGUAUCAAUAAAUCCCUGUUAACCCUUGGAAGGGUUAUUUCUGCACUCUCUAAACAAGCUGAAAAUGGAAAGAAAACUUUCAUUCCUUACCGGGAAUCUGUCCUUACUUGGUUGUUGAAGGAAAGCCUUGGUGGGAAUUCACAAACGACCAUGGUUGCCACAGUGAGUCCAGCUGCCAGCAGUACAGAGGAAACACUCAGCACUCUUCGCUAUGCAAAAGAAGCUUGUUCAAUUAUCAACAUUGCCAAAGUAAAUGAAGAUGUGAAUGCCAAGCUCAUCAGAGAAUUGAAAGCUGAAAUUGAAAAACUGAAGGCAGCUCAGAAAAGUGCUCUGAACAGUGAUCCUGAGAAAAACAAACGUUAUUUGCAGGAAAUAACAUCUUUGAGGGUAAAACUGCACCAGCAGGAGAGGGACAUGGCAGAAAUGCAAAGGGCCUGGAAAGAAAAAUUUGCGCAAGCAGAAAAAAGGAAGUUGGAAGAUAUAAAAGAAUUGCAGAAAUCGGGAAUUGCAUUCAAAAUGGACAAUCAUUUACCGAACCUUGUCAACCUCAAUGAAGAUCCGCAGCUUUCUGAGGUGCUGUUAUAUAUGAUAAAAGAAGGAGAAACUACAGUUGGAAGGUAUACACCAAAUUCGAAGCAUGAUAUCCAGCUUUCUGGAGUACUAAUUGCUGAUGACCAUUGUGUUCUAAAAAAUACUGUUGGCAAAGUGAGUAUUAUUCCACUGAGAGGAGCAAAGACAUAUGUGAAUGGGAAAUGCAUUUUAGACCCAACAGUACUGCAUCAUGGUGAUCGAGUGAUCCUUGGGGGAGAGCAUUAUUUCAGGUUUAAUCAUCCAGCAGAGGUUCAGAAAGUUAAAAGGUCAUCUUGUGGGACUAUGGUUUUACACGAAGGCCCAAAAGAUUUUGAAUUUGCGAAGAACGAGCUGCUUAUUGCACAGAGAACACAGCUUGAAUCAGAAAUUGAAGAGGCACGACUCAAAGCCAAGGAGGAAAUGAUGCAGAGUGUCCAAAUUGCAAAAGAGAUGGUUCAGCAAGAACUGAUAUCACAAAAAGAAGCUUAUGAAAGCAAAAUAAAAUCACUGGAAGCAGAGGUGAGAGAAGAAUCUCGUAAGAAGCAAAUUCAAGAACUGGAUAACCAAAAAGCUGCAACUAAAAUACAGGAGCUAGAGAAGGCAAAGCAAAAUCUUGAGCUAGAGCUACAAUUAAAUAAGAAGCGUUUAGAAAUGGAGACCUUGGCUACCAAGCAGGCUCUAGAAGAUCACACCAUUCGCCACACAAAGAUACUUGAAGCUCUGGAAGCUGAGAAGCGGAAGAUUGCUGAAGAAAUACAUGCCCUGCAGAAAAAUCAUGGAAGUGGGAAAAAAACUACAACUAUCCCGCUGAACUGGAGUUCUCUGAAGCUAUCUGUGAUGCUCAAAGAAGCCAACACCAUUAGUAAUGAAUUAGGGAAAAACACUGUUUUCUACAGGCAUGACAAAACUGAUGAUAAAACAGGAGCAGUGUCUUCUGUUCAGGUGCAGGUUCGUAAUGUCAAACUGGGAAUAGCAACUUUCUGGAGCUUAGAGAAAUUUGAAUACAAACUAGCAGCAAUGAAAGAACUUUAUGAGAGUAAUGACAGCAAUAAAGCUGCUGAUAUAUUUUAUGACCCUACUGAUGAGUGGGAACCUGACCCCUUGGACACCUCAGUGUCCUCUGUUUCCAGAAGAAGAAGCAGAAGCUUCAUGAAGAACAAGAGAAUUUCUGGAUGUUUGUCUGAGAUAAAAUUGCAACCAAUUUUGAAUGUACAGACUUCCCGUGUAUCAG